UAACGGGAAGCAGCGCGCCCUAGAGCGCAUUACGACGGCUUAUUUUCUCUUUUAUAACAUUCCAUGGACUAAUAUAUAUAUUUUUUUUUUCUUCUGUCCCCUUCACAUUUGGAUACCGUGGGGUUCUUUUGAAAGCUGUUGGAGAACCGUAACGAAAAGGAGGACAAGUUGUCUGAAGAAGAAGCGGACUAAAGUUCGCUAAAGUCACGAGUAACUUAGCUAAGCUAGCUAGUUUAGCCGAGCCGAGUGAGCAUGCUAACGCUAAUGAAGCCCUGACAUGUCACUUUUUUUAAAAAGAAACAGCACAUAUUAUGGUCAUGGGCUUUAGAAAUUUCCAGAAAAAAAUCGAGUAACGUUAUUUUUAAUGUUAUAGACCAUUUAGUCAUAGAGACCGACUGACUGUAUACAAAACUAAUAAAUGUUUGUUAAACAGGAAGUGAGGUAGGUAAAUUGGUUUUUAAAGAAAAAAGUCAAAAUUGUAAUAUUUAGCUUUUUUUUUUCUUCUUUUUUUAUAGCAGCAUCCCUCCAAGCACUGGAUUUUCUUUUUCUUGAUUGUACAAUGCAAAAUCAGACGAGGUGUUUGUAGAUGUAGAUUUAUGUAUAUGGAUUAUUUUUGAUGUAGCUGCUUUAUUUACUUUAUAAUACUUUCACAUCAACACGUAGCUAGCUGGACUUGGAGUAAUAGGUCUAGCUUAUUCGCUUUUUUUUCUCUCUCUCUCUCUCUCUCUUUUUUUUUUUUUUUUUUUUAAAAGAUGCGCGAUUCGAAUAUCAAUUUUAAUUUCCUCCAUAAGACCUGCACUCUUGUUGUGGUCCUUUGCUUCCUGCACAUCUUUGUCACUGUAGUUUAUUAUGUCAGAUCGCUGGACUUCAGACAAUCGUUUGUCCAAAACCAACAGCAAAUCCACCAGAACCAGAGGAAACUGGAGCAACAUGCAGGAAGCACUGAAGAACCAAAGUUAAGCAGCACUUUAACUUCCAACACCUCUGUUAAAGAGAAAGAGCUGGAAAAAUGCCCUGAAACGUCUCCUUUGCUUGUGGGUCCGCUCCGAAUCGAGUUUUCCACUCCAGUGAGCCUCGAUCAGGUGAGGAAUGAGAACCCAGCGCUCGGGGAGGGAGGACGCUUCAAACCCAAAGAUUGCAUAGCUCUGCAGAAAGUGGCCAUCAUCAUCCCCUUCCGAAAGCGAGACGAGCACCUCAAGUACUGGCUUUAUUAUCUCCACCCGAUCCUGCAGCGGCAGCAGCUUGACUACGGCGUCUACAUCAUCAACCAGGAUGGAGAUGAGACGUUUAACCGGGCCAAACUGCUUAAUGUGGGCUACAGUGAGGCCCUGAAGGAGUACGACUACAAUUGCUUCGUGUUCAGCGACGUCGACCUCAUCCCCAUGGAUGACCGAAACACGUACAAAUGCUUCAGCCAGCCAAGACACCUGUCUGUCUCCAUGGACAAAUUCGGCUUCAGGCUUCCGUAUAACCAGUACUUUGGCGGUGUGUCCUCCCUGAGCAAGGAGCAGUACCUGAAGAUCAACGGCUUUCCAAAUAACUACUGGGGCUGGGGAGGCGAGGAUGACGACAUCUUCAACAGGCUGAGCUCCAAAGGGAUGGCUAUAUCCAGACCUAGCGGUGUAAUUGGAAAAUGCAGGAUGAUCCGUCAUGAACGGGACAAACAGAACGACCCGAAUCCCCAGAGGUUUGACCGAAUAGCACACACCAGAGAGACCAUGCACACAGAUGGCAUCAACUCGUUGUCCUAUAAAGUGGUGAGAGUGGAGAAGGACCAGCUGUUUACCAAAAUUACAGUGGAUGUCGGCAAACCAUAAAACUGAUGUUUUACCUGAACAUACUCCUAAAAGAUUUUAAAACUGUCCAUCAGGAAGACUGGAUGCAGUAACCAAAUGUGCCUUGACAUUUUAAGUCGAAUAUACCUUUGAAUUCUUUUUUUUUUUAAAUAAUCUUUAUCUUUUUGAAGUGAAUUCUGUUCUAUUUUUAAAAGACAUUAGUACUUGGAAAUUUAUUUGCCAUCUUUGCACAAGCGAUGGUGAACCGAAAGAAAGUGGACGUGUGAAUUGAGGUCAUAGUGGUGGUUGUGUGUCUGUGUUUUCUUUUUUUUUUUUUUUUCUUUUCCUAAAGUGCUCUCACUGAGCUAUUAGAGCAUCUCUUGAGCCACAGCUGAUGCAACUUGCCAAGCGAGGCAUUGUGUAAAGAAUGUAAGCUGCAGUGUGUCUGUGUCGUCUUUUCCAGCUUUGCCUUAAGAUCACCUCUUUACACGUUGAAGAUUUAGAGAGGAGUUUGUGCCGGACUUGCUAUCAUUCCAAGUCAUGCAAAGAGCUUAAGCCUUUUUAAAAUCCUCAUUCCACUUUUGUGGCCAUAAACCAAAAAGAAGACUUGCGUUUUGUUUUUUUGAAUGUAUCCUUGGUGCUUUACCCUUUGACUGUAAAGGAGUCUAACUCUCUGAGGUAGAGGUGGGUAAUUUAAGCAAAGAAAAUUGUAAUAUCCUCAUACUUUUCAUCAUGCAUAUUAAAAAUAUAAAAUGUCUAUGAACUGUUUGAAAAAAUUUCCUUUCAGUGUUUACAAAAAGCCAUUUAAUAUAGAACAGGAGAAAUAGCAUACAACAAGAAAUUAAUGAGAGAAACGCAUAAUAGGCUUAAGUCCAACAAUACAGUACAAGCAGUAGCAGAGGUGCCAACAUGCACGGUUUACCUGUAGCAUUCCCGAUACUUGACACCAUACUAUGGUGAUAUAGGAGACACCUUAAAACCUACAAUUUUCUGCUUUCUCAGCUAUAGCAAAGGCAAUUACCUGAAGGGGAAAGGACAUGAGAUUGGAAAAAUCGUGCAUUUUUCCGUGUAGUGGUUACUUUCACUUUGUGCAACUUCUCAGUGAAUUUGAGCUGUGAAGUUACAAACCCCAGUCUUGUGAGACAUUUGAAAGCAUCUAUGGUGGGUAAAAAAAUGGAGGAGCUGCUUAUUAUUCAGUAGCGAUCACGCACCUUGAAUCUGUUUGCAUGAAUUCCAAAAUCUAAUCAGUUCAUCUGCUGCUUACAGUGAUAAUUCCAUACAAAUCCUGCAAACAUUCAACCACUCAGUCUUGAGAUAUUGUCCUAAGGAGAAUAUCAUACGCAUGGACACCAUAUGUGGGGGUUUUUGUGGUAAAAUUCUGUUUUUUUAAGGAUUUUCUUAUUAGUGAUGCUGGCACCUCUUCAAUACCCAUAAUUUACUUCAGAUAAAAAACAGUUUAUGAUGUUCAUUGCAAUAACAAAUCGUCCACCUCUACUCUAAAGUUGUGGUUAUCUCUGAAGCUUAAAAGCAUGUUAUAAUUUAUUACAUAGCUGAAUAUAAGUUUGGUUUGGAAAAACUUCAAUGUAGUAUAGCCAGCCAUGUGUCUGCAUUUUUCUUUUUCUUCCCCCGUGAGCCACGAGCGAGAAAUAAUUAAUAUAUUCUAAUGCCUUUUGUUAUUUUUGGUGAUAACUGCAACAUCACUGGGUUCAUGGAAAAAUAUGUCUACUUCUGUUUUGCGCUUAAUUUGUGUCGUAGCCUUUUUUUAUUUUUCAUGGUUUAAAACCCGAAAAGUACAAUACCUGAUUUUAUUUCUGCUUUUGUACUUCCUUAAGGGAAUAUUAAGAUGAACAUCUUGUAUGGUGAAAUGUUUCUAUAAGAAAGCAGACAUGCAUUUAUUUGUUGUGAUGUGAGAGGAAAACAAAGCCAUUAAAAGUUUCACUAGCUUAAAUAUCUUCAUUAUGCGCUGGUUUGUCAUUGAGCCUUCCGAACCUAGUCUCACUUAUUCUUCUUUUUCUCCUUGAACCCCAAGACUAGCGGUGACCUGGGGAUUGAGCAUGAUUUGUUGAACAUGUGCUCUGUAGGUUGCAAUUAUUUCAUAUCUUUUUUAUUUCAUAUAGACAGUAAACAGUCACAAAUUGCUUUUCAUUGGCUAGUCAGAAAUCUACCAUCGAACCCAAUGCUUUUCCAUAUACUGAGCAGCUGAGUGGCUUUUCCAGCUGUUUUUCCAGCUGAGUAUAUAAUGUACAGAAUAUUUAAGUCCUGCAACUGAGCGCAAGACACUUUCUUCCUCAACCCACCCCCACUCCUUCAUUCCAGUACUCCCCAAACCCCAAUGACUUCUUCAGCAUUUUCUGUGAAGGUUCUCUCAUGCUUCUUAAACUUUUCUUUCUCCUCUUUCUCCUGUCAAGAAAGGUUGCCAUAAUCAGCCAGGCAUCUAAAUUUUGUAACUAUUUGGACAACGGCCUUUGAUCAGAGAGCCAGCGCAUAGUUUCAGGGUGGAAUUUUUUUUUUUUCCUUGAUUUUACAAAAGCUAUCUUACUUCAUUCUCUUUAAGUUGUGUUUGUCAUGCUUUAUUUCGACAUACAAAGAUGCAGCAAUCUUUCAAAUCUUUCCUGAUUUCUGAAUAUUUUGUUUUUCAUAUCAUAUUGCUGAAGAUAAAUGCAGUUGUGAUCUUAAAGAAUUAAAUGAAAUUCUGACAUGUA